GUUUUUUCUUGUUUUUGGUUUGUUUUGCUAUUAAGGUACAUUGCUGGAACGAAGCGCACGGCUGCGAGUACACGGGCACCAUGGACCGUAUGCUGGAGCACUACGAGAACGAAUGCGCAUUUCACAUCGUGGAAUGUUUGCGAUGCGGUGAGGGAGUCCGGCACAGCGACCUGCCAUCACACUACGUGGCCGGAUGCACUGCCGCUCUUUCUUCCGCGAUCACAGAGCACCCGUCCUCGGAGCAUACAGCACUAACCAUUGAAGACGUGAGUGCUGCUCUUGAAGACUUGAAGGCGAUGUUGGGGGAUCCCAACCACGACCAGCUGCUACCAGUGAUUCAGAGUCAGUUGAAUGAGCUUACAGAACAGGUGAGAAACCAGGAAGCCAUGUUGGCUGAGGUCACUCGCGAGCUCGGAGCAUCCGAGCAGCAUUUAAAGGAUGAGAUGGCUCAAAUCGCCGCCGUGAUUACAUCGACCGUUCCGCACCAGCCGAAUCCGGCAGCCGAAGCCAGCACGUCGUCGUCGCUGUCGUUGCGCUCGGAAAAGGCGAUGAUACUUCGAAAGUUGGAACACUUCACCUACCUGUCACUCAGCGCGCUGGAACACUUGCGGCAAGCUUCCCCGCAUCCUGAUUCCAGCCGUGUCAUUGCUUAUUGUAACCCUUCGAGCGGUCGCACUCAGCGUUUAAUCAGUGCGCUGUCUACGACACCCGUGCGGAUUAGAAAAUAUGGGAGGGUGAUUUAUCUCCUGAUCCUGGAAAACUGUGACGAAAUGCUUCAGUGGCAGGGAUACGCAAAACAGUUUGCUGAGAUUGCGGUGUUGCACAUGAGGGAUACCUACUUUACGCUUGCUGUCUGGAAGCAAAACUGUGGUUCUACUUUUGAUGUCAUUUUGCAAAUCAAGUUUUACGGGAUGCUUGAGGACUCUAGGUGUUUGCCGCCUGUUUGGCGCGUGAAGGUGUGGAAUCCUACAGGAGAGGAAUAUCUUUUGUUGACUUCAUUUAACGAGCGUUGUUACUGCGACCACGAUGAAGGCUCAUUGGCACACUUUCACCUCGCAUUCAGGAUAGACAAUGAUUCACUGAAAAAUAAGGCUUUCUUCCCCGAGGGAAAGGCGAUCUUCUGGAUAGAGCUCGGCGUUGAAGAAAUGGACGGUGGGGUCACAGGAGCACCUAAUGCUCGUCAGCACUGAAUGUACGUUGCAUUUCUGAAUCCUCCUUGCCACUUCCUAUGUGUGUGACAUGAGCUUAUGGAAUUUUUGAUGUCCUUUCUCCUAAAUUUGUUUAGUGCUGCGAAUUUUUUUUUUGAAAUUUUCCGUGCGUUGUAAAUGUCAACCUGUUGUUUUAAGACUUUACACGCUUUUCAUUUUGUUGUUUCCUUAUUCUGCAUCUACAGCUUGUGUGCCUUGUUAUUGUGCUCUUUUGUUCUCCUCCUGCGGUUUCUAACCUUAUGGCGUUCGCCUCUAUACUAUUCUCUGUGUUAAUGCCGUGCUAAAGAGAUCGAUUUCAAGGUGACGUUCGUGUUAGAUACUACGCUGUAUUACUGCGCGUUGCCCUGUAUCCGAAAUGUCCGAACAAAGUUAAUGUUCGCAGUGUUCA